AUGGCUAUUUGUCAUAUGUUUGAGGAGAUACGCUAUGAACUGAAUGCUGUAGAGAUUGAUAGAUGUAAAAAUGUUGGUAUUACAAGCCUUAUGAAAAAUUAUGUAUCGCAGAGUCCAGGACGGGGAAAUAUUAUGGAGAACGCGGGUUGGCUAACACAAGCAGCUAAUAAAUUAACCGAUGCUGAUGGUUAUUUUGAUAUAUCUAUACCGCUAAGUUUCAUAUUUGGAUUCGCUGAAGAUUACAAUCGCAUUAUUAUUAAUGCUAAACAUGAAUUGAUACUUAUAAGAUCAAAUGCUGAUACAUAUGCGUACAUUCAUAAGCCUGCAAAUGCUCAAGCUGUUGCCGAUAAAGUAAAAAUUGUGCUCAAUAAAGUGGAGUGGAACGUUCCAUACAUCACCAUGUCUGAUAAGCAGAAAAUUCAAACAUUAAACUUCAUCUCUCAUGAUCCAGCGAUCCCAUUGAGUUUCCGAACCUGGCAAUUAUAUGAGUACCCACUGCUACCAAAAACUACCAAGCAUGUUUGGCCAAUUAAGACUUCUACUCAGCUGGAAAAACCACGAUACGUAAUUUUAGGAUUUCAAACCGCAAGAAAAAACGUUGCAACAAAAGAUGCAAGCAAAUUCGAUCAUUGUAAUAUUAGAGAUGUGAAGAUAUUUUUUAAUUCUCAGAGUUAUCCUUAUGGAAAUUUAAAUCUCAACAUAAGUAGAAAUCAGUAUGCAUUAAUAUAUGAUAUGUUUACUAAUUUUCAAGUUUCAUACUAUAAUAAAGAUCCAGAGCCUCUAUUAACGAAAGCUAAAUUUUUAACUGACGCACCACUCUACAUUAUAGAUUGCUCAAAGCAAAAUGAAUCAAUCAAGUCUGGACUUGUUGAUAUACGAAUUGAGUUUGAAUCGGAAAAUCAGUUUCCUGAUAGUACAGCUGCAUACUGUCUAAUAUUACAUGAUCGUAUUAUUGAAUAUAAUCCUAUAAGUAGUAAUGUAAGGAAAAUAACAUAA